AUGGCAGAAGGUUUUCCAGCAGCAGCUGCUGCUGCAUCUUCUUAUUCGACCAGUGAUGUCAAUGAACAAUUUCUUAAGAGUUUAAUGGAAAUGGGUAUUCAUCGGGAAGAUGCUCGACAGGCUUUGAGAAUUGUUAAUAAUCGAAGUUUGGAAGAUGCAUUGGCUGUUGUUUUUGGCGAAUCGCCUUCCUUUUCUACAGAGUCUGUGGCAUCAACUAAUGGAGCUAGUGUAGAACAGGCCACUCAAAAUGUAAUACCAACUGAUAGUGAUACAACUGAUCAAAACAUGAUGAACUAUAAAAUGUUAUUUAUUGUUAAUGGUUCACUUUCUAUGAGUUCCGGAAAGAUUGCAGCACAAGUUGCACAUGCUGCUGUUGAUUUAUAUCAACAAAUUCUUGAUAGACGUCUGAUGGCUAUAAAUUUUUGGCGCAUUAGUGGUCAAAGAAAAAUUGUUGUUCGUGGUGAUUCUUCUGAAGAGCUACUUGAUAUUGAACAGCGUGCAUCCGUAAAUAAAUCUGUUGUUGCAUCAAUCAUUCGUGAUGCAGGUCGAACUGAAAUCGCCAGUGGAUCAAUUACAUGUCUUGGUCUUUUUGGUACUGAUAGUCAAUUAGAUCCAAUAACAGGUCAUUUAAAGUUAAUGAAUGAUUGUUUAAAAUGUAGCGGUACUAAUAUUCAACAACAAAAAUCGAGGAAAAAGAAACAAGAUAUGGAGCCACAGCUACAACUACCAACAACAAAUUCAGAUGAUACAUCAAAUACCCAAUGA